CUCGGUUCCCUUGACCUUCUCGUCCCCGCAGAGCAUGCGUACAUGGGCGCACUAAGUAAGUAGACUUGGGUAUGUAUCUUCGGGCUUAACGUGGCUUUCGUCCGAAUUCCCUCAUUUGGAAAGUAGUCGCUUUUGUCCACGCAUGGUGGGGCAGCGAGUCUGGGCUCCAGCCAAUUGAGAUGCCGAGAAAUACCGGACAUGGCCGGAUAUCCAACUCUUUGCCAGGUCUGCAGCCACUCGAUGAGUUAUGCACCACGCCGAUAUCGAAUACGCUCAAGGAGUACAUGGCCAAUAAUCGCUUGCCAUCUAGGGAUUCAAACAUACACGACGGGAUGCAGUACGUCGUAAAAGUCCAGUUUGGAUUGAUCCUACGGACGGGAGCAUGCUUGCGGAUGUGUAUCGUGUGCACAUCACGGCGAUUCGCUCUCAGGUCGUAAUCCGACUUCCCCGCAUUCUGGGCCACAAGCUCGUGGUCCGCUAAGCAUGGUGCUGUAUGGAUUCCUGGGGGUAAGGGCUCCUCGGUAGCUAGGAUCCCGUUGUCCAAACGAUGAUAUCAGGGAGAAAUUAAAUCUGUCGGAUCCGUCUACCAGUUCCGUCGAACCACCCUUCCGGGCAAAUCUACUACAUACACUGCGACUCGACGUUGUCGAGCUCUCUCCCCAUUCCCCCUUUUCCUCGUUUCAACAUUGCGAACCGUGGGUAGGACGCUUCAAUUGGUUCCCAGUACCCUGGAGAGUUGUCUUUCCCCCUAGUUUCCACCCGCAUACACCUACCCGCAGCACUGGCACGUGGAGACUAAACGUCUACAUAACCCUAAUAAUGGUGACGCGACGCUCUAGUGAAUCUGUCGCCCCAGCUGCGCCUGUCGCACCAGUCAUCAAACGGAAAAGACGCGCAUCGUGCCUGGGCGAGCAAGAAAGACGGGAACGGAAGCGAGCAAUUGAUCGCGAAGCUCAGAGGUCACUCCGAGAGAAGACCAAAUCGCACAUUGCAGAUCUGGAACGCACCAUUCAGAUCCUCAGAGACCAAGAUCGUAAUAGUGCCACAGCCAACCUACUCAGCGAGAUCGAGGCUCUACGCGUCGAGAAUGAGAAGCUGAGAGAUGUCAUCGAGAGUGUCAGAGGUAUAGUAGGAGGUGGUGACAUAUCUGCGAAACCACCCGCACCUCAUGAUACGGAAACACGAAUACCGCGGAUAGUAGAAGAGGAAGAAGAAGAAGAAGAUAUUACUAUCAAAGGAGACGCAGGUACUACAUGUAGAGCAUCGCCAGCAACGAGUGAACCAGGCCAACCGUCACCUCAACCUCAGCCUCAGCCUCCACACCACAAACCCUCAUCCUUCGCACAUGCUUCCUCUCCUCAAAAUUUACGGCCCCAACAACAUGAUGAUAUAAAACCUCUCGCCGCAACGCGCUCCCUACCCUCGCCACCCGAGCACAUUACGUACAUGAACCAAACCAUGGACAUGGAAGAUUCAAAGGUCCCCGUCACUCGCUCGAAACCAGUGGAUCUAGACGGCAUGACGGUCGUCGCAAACAAUGGUCGCGACAACGACGACGAGGACAUGCUCCUGUACGCGCCAGAUUCGCCCACCCCGGCCGCAUGGGUACCGUUUAUCGCCGAGAUCUGGGGGAGGUAUCCUUCGCCUACUGUCAUCCAUAUUGGGAGCGUGGGGGAUGGUGAUUCCACGUCGCCGUCUUCGUCUGAGCCGUUUGAGUCGUGAGAUUGGGGUAAAAAGGGACUCUUUUGUAAUUGGCUCGCUGGUUGAGUUUGGUGAUGUCAAGGGGCUGCUGUUCUCACGUCUUUUCUGGUGUUUUU